GCACCAGCAACUGGUCACAUGACUUCAACAUGGCGAAAACAAAAAUGAAGUGUUGUUUUAUUUUGUUGACUUUACCUCUAAUAUCUCUUGCUUACCUUUACUACUCGCGAGGUUUUGGGCAACAAUUGGUUAAGGAACGGGAAACUAGGAGUGUCAAUGCUAAAGCCAGUAGUGGAGGUUUAGUUCGGAAUAUGACUGUCUACAUGAAAAAUGGAGUUUGGUCGUUGACGGCCAAGGAAGGAAUCAUAGACAAAAAGUAUGGCAUGGCAUAUGGCAUGUAUGAUGAGUCCUAUAUGGCGACUGGAUGGGACGUCCUCAAUAUAAAAGUUGGGUAUGCUCUCAACGGUUCACAUACCGACCAAGAGUUAAUGUAUGCUGCUGGAUACAUUGAAGGCUACAUAACUGCAGAGAAGAUCAAUCAACACUGGGAAAAUUUCUAUGCCGUGUUCCUCAAAGAUCAAUCCGUAUAUAUGGCUAACAAGUUUAAGGAAUUUUACAAGGAUCAAGAGCAGUGGGUUGUGGACAAAGUUGUAGCAGCCGACGGGAAAACACCAUUUUGGAGGCAUGUCUCCUAUGCCCUUGCUCAGAUUGAUGGGUUGUAUAAAGGCCAUAAGGCGGCCAUGGGGAAAAGAGCCCUUACUCGCCUUCAGUUCAUGCAGUUGAAUUCAUACGGCGACAUGGAUGCCGCCGAAAAGUUAGCCCCGCCACAUGAUCGACUCGACUACGAUAAGAUGUCACCUGAAGAAUUCUUCGAAGACAUUUACGGUUUGAACUUGGGUCGAUGUUCGGUUUUGAUCAAACCGACCCCUGGUUUUGAGAACCUCUACAUCGGCCACUCAACGUGGUUUAUCUAUGCAGCCAUGCUCAGGAUGUACAAACAUUACGACUUCAAUCUCAAGGAUCCAUCAGUCGCCAAUAAGCAGGUGUCGUUUUCAAGCUAUCCUGGUUUCAUCACCUCACUGGAUGACUUCUACUUGAUGGGAGGUGGCCUCGUCAUGGUGCAAACCACCAACAACGUUUUCAACACCUCGCUCUUUGACGUCGUGAAACCACAGUCCCUGUUGGCGUGGCAGAGAGUUUUGACGGCCAACAGAAUGGCAAGGGACGGCGAGGAGUGGGCAAAGAUAUUUGCUAAACAUAAUUCAGGUACCUACAAUGCCCAGUAUAUGGUUGUCGACCUUAACAAAUUCGUACCGAAGAAAGCCAUUAUGGAUGGUGCCCUAUGGGUAGUGGAGCAGAUACCUGGGCUCGUCGUCAGCGGCGACCAAACAAAGAUCUUACGCAAUGGACACUGGGCGUCGUACAACAUAGCUUUCUAUGAAAAGAUCUACAAUAUGAGUGGUUACCCUGAGAUCGUUGCUAAGUUUGGUUAUGGAUAUUCGCAUGAUUUGGCGUCGCGAGCAAAGAUAUUUCGUCGGGACAAUGAGAAGGUGACUGACAUGAAGUCAUUCAAGAACAUCAUGCGAUACAAUGAUUACUUACACGACCCAUAUUCUAAGGAUAAUGCAAUGCAGACUAUCUGUUCCCGUGGUGACCUCACUACUCAGCAUGCACCAAUAGGCUGCACCGAUUCAAAGGUGACAGACUUUUUCAUGGCCAAGAAGCUUGAGUCUCACGCCAUCAACGGCCCAACAACAAGCCAUAACCUGCCAGUAUUUGCGUGGAAACCAUUUCCACAUUCUGUACACGUCGGACAACCGAAGACAUUCAACUUCACUUGGCAGACAAUGAAGCCUAAGCCUUGAAGAACAAUUUGGUCCGGCAGAUAGGGAAUAUCACUAUAUGAUCAGAUAUAGGGUAUCACAGUACACUUCUGACAUUUAAUCUCUUAAAAGAUAUAACCGGUUUUCCCUUACAGCAUCAAUCAGCAUCUACCAGGUUUUAGUAGUUAUGAAUGAAAUGAGUAGACCAUAAAACUCAUUUCCUUAAAAUUUCAUGACAUUUGGGUGUGACAGAAAGGAGUUGUCCAAAAUUACAAGCCUCGUGUAGUCUUGGGUAACCCUAUAAUUGCCUCCAAGUCGAAUCCAAGAUGGCUACCGACUGGGUGGCCAUCUUGUUUUUAGACAACAACUUCCUCAUCUUAUGACAAAUGUUAUGAAAUGUGGAAAGAAUCCUGCUUAUUUUGUUUAUGAUACUUAUAUUAUAUUUUGAUGACUUUAUUAAUUUGAUUUUAAACCUUAUGGUCACUGGUGGACGCUGUUUAGGAUGAACUGAUUUGACAGCUAACUGUUUAUAUUGUCCUCAGUAUUGAAAGAAAUCAAAGCAGGCAGUAAAUCAAAAAGGAAUAUUUAAGUUUCAGUGAAAUAGUUUCAAAUUUGGAACAAUGCUCAUUGUCCAUGUACAUACCAAUGCAGGGGCCCUCUCCAAAGUUGAGUACAGCAGCAAUUAUUACUCUCUAAUCUAUAGAUCACAGUGUCUGGAUAGAGAGAGACACUGGUGUACAUUUUAAGGUAUUCACUGAUAGUUUGUAGAAUGUUAAAUGCAUUUUGAGAUGCAACCGAGAAGGUCCUUCUACACAGGAACUUUACAUACUUCAGCCUCUGCAUCUUGCACUACUACUCUUUUAAGACGUCUGCCUAUACUUGAUAUCAUGAGUAUACACAAGUUCUCGAAUAUGCCAUCCUGUCAUCCAUUGAAUUUAUACUCGAUAAACCUGAUAAAACUUCUUUAUCGAGUUCUGCAUCACAAGGUGCCAUCUGAUCAUCAUACUCGAGUACUGAUCACAAAUUACAACACUGAAGUCAAGUUGGAAAUUUAAAUGCAUAAUUCUCCAAAAUUGCGAUGUUGUUUAUUUGCUAUUGUUCUAUACAUAUUCAAACUUAUAGCUUAGAAUUUGCUUCCAGUUUUAAAGUUGCCUCCAGUAUCAAAGCACCUAGUUUACCAAAUACAUUCCACUUUUAAAAAUUGGAAAACAUGAGUACGGCGUGCUGAAGUUUCUGUGCAUUGGCUGUCAUUUUGUUGAACUCAGGAUAUCGAGUAUAGGCCUGACCUGUUCAAAAAAUAUUUUUACAUUUGGGUAUUAGGUAGCGUUUAAUUUAUAUCUAGUAAACUAUACUAAAUUAUUGUAAUCAAAAACUGGUGCAACUUGGAUAUAUUUGUAUUGUCAUUUAAAAUUGGGUGACCAGGGGCAACUGAUUGGAGGCCAACUCUGCAUAAGUGUGAGGGAAAAUAUCUUGCUGAAGGAGUCAGUUUGCUCUUUUCUACCUAUAAGCAGUGCCGAUUUUCUGUCAGCCUCAUUUCAGUUGCCGUGCGUCAUGUUACAUGUAUGUACUCGUUCAUCAGCCUGCUUGUGGUUGAGUUUUUGUUUAUGUUUCUGUCUUUUUUGUUAGAAUCUCUUUUCAGUUUUUCACUCUCAGGUAUUGCAGAGCAAUACGGGGUGAAGCAUUCAGAAUCUCGGAGUUAAUCAAGCGAAGCAUUGAAGCAUUCAGAAUCUCAGAGUUAAUCAAUUUUCUGUCAGCCUCAUUUCAGUUGCCGUGCGUCAUGUUACAUGUAUGUACUCGUUCAUCAGCCUGCUUGUGGUUGAGUUUUUGUUUAUGUUGCUGUCUUUUUUGUUAGAAUCUCUUUUCAGGUUUUCACUCUCAGGUAUUGCAGAGCAAUACGGGGUGAAGCUAUCAGAAUCUCAGAGUUAAUCAAUUCAUUUAAAGGGAGCUAUGGGGUCAAAUUGGUGGUCUUCAUGUGGCUAAUAUGCACAGUUGGGGGGACUGUGUUAUGCGUGCCAUGUUUAUAAUGAGUUAUGCGUGCCAUGUUUAUAAUGAGUUAUGCAUGCUAUGUUUAUAAUGAGUUAUGCGUGCCAUGUUUAUAUGAGUGAUAAAUAAUUUCCUAAUGCAAGCAAGAACAGUUUUGAUACAAGUAACUUUGAAAUAGGGGAGACCCCUUUAGGUGAUUUGCUGUAACUUAUUCUUUCUUGCCUAUCUGGCUGCUGCCUAAUGACUCCAUUUAACAGCUUCAGCAUCUUCAGCCAGUCAUCCUUAUUCUAAAGGCUUCAACUAAGGAAGGAGAUAUAAAUCGCCAUCUUCAGGACAAUUAAGGAACUCUUCUGCUGUCUCCGUCAAUACUCAUUUUGAUACUCAUUUAGAUACUCAUUUAGAUACUCAUUAAGAUACUCAUUUAGAAGUGAAGUAUAAUAUCAGCGAGUAGCUUUCUUUUUGUGUUGAUUUGGUGUUUGGGAAGCUAUUUUAAAGAUCUUUUGCAGCUAUCGCCGUUUUUUUCUGGGGGUUGGAGAGUGUUUGUCUGACCUUGAAGGUGUUACAAGUUGGAGAUGUUGAUGAAAUGUUUAGGACUCUUUAAGAACAUCAAGGUCGGAUGAACAGUGGGGGGAUGUAGACCAUGGAUCUGUUCAUAUGAGAUAAUCAGAGUAUAACAAUCUACCUGUAAGGAGAUGAAUGCUCCUACCGUAGUGUAACAAUCUACAUGUCAUGUAUGUGAUGAGAUAAAUGAACUGCCAGAGUAUAACAAUCUACAUGUCAUGUACAUCUAUGUUAUAAAAUAAAAGCAACUGCCAGAGUAUAUAGACCAUCUACAUGUCAUGUACAUGUAUGUUAUGAGAUAAAUGCAACUGCCAGAGUAUAUUAACCAUCUACAUGUCAUGUACAUGUAUGUUAUGAGAUAAAAGCAACUGCCAGAGUAUAUCAACCAUCUACAUGUCAUGUACAUGUAUGUUAUGAGAUAAAAGCAACUGCCAGAGUAUAUUAACCAUCUACAUGUCAUGUACAUGUAUGUUAUGAGAUAAAAGCAACUGCCAGAGUAUAUUAACCAUCUACAUGUCAUGUACAUGUAUGUUAUGAGAUAAAAGCAACUGCCAGAGUAUAUUAACCAUCUACAUGUCAUGUACAUGUAUGUUAUGAGAUAAAUGCAACUGCCAGAGUAUAUUAACCAUCUACAUGUCAUGUACAUGUAUGUUAUGAGAUAAAAGCAACUGCCAGAGUAUAUUAACAAUCUACAUGUCAUGUCUGUGAUGAGAUAAUGCAACUGCCAGAGUAUAACAAUCUACAUUUCAUUUAUGUUAUGAGAUACCGUAGGAUAACAAUCUACAUGUGUUAAAGGAGCUGAAUGCUCAUUUUAAGUUGAUGUUGUUAAUGUACUCCUCUAGGUGGCUUACCUAGGGGAUUAUGCUGUUAACAAUGAGCUUGAAUUAGCUCAAGGAUUCGGCUGGUGCUGUGAUAUAAAGAUGCAUUGUAUGUUGAGUAAACUUCCAAAUAAACAUCGCUAUCAUUUGAA